AUGCAAACGUUGCAACUGAAUUUCCGGAUUCUCCAAUGGAUCGGCAUGUGGCGACCACUGGCGUGGUCCACUGGCUGGAAGCUCGUGGUUUACAACUGUUUUUCUGCCUUCAUGAUUUCGUCCCUGUACCUCUUUGCGGUGUCGCAGUUCGUCGACCUCAUUGUCACGUCGGAAAGUGCCAACGAGUUUUCCCACGGCUCUUUAUUCCUGGCGAUACUAGCGGGCUGCGGAAAAUCUGCGAGUGUCAUGAUCCAUCGGAAGGAAAUCAUUUAUUUGGCAAAUGUUUUGAGAAACGAUCUCUGCAGACCUCGGAAUGAGGUUGAAGUCAAAAUACAGACUGAUUGCGAGCGCGACGCGAGAUUCAACGCCUUUUGGUACUCUGCCCUCGGUGGAACGACGGUUUCCCUGAUUACCUUGAGAUCAUUAAUCGUAGAUAUACCUGCGCGUAUCAUGCCCUUCAAAGGUUGGCUUCCCUACGGUCUCGAGUCCCUGGAAGUCGGUUUUUGGGUGGCCUAUUUUCAUCAAUUGAUUGCCCACGCUACCGGAGCUGCGGUCAACAGUACAUUCGAUACUCUCGUUCCUGGUUUCAUGAUGCAAACUUGUGCUCAGAUGAAAAUUCUCAAGUAUCGGAUUGAAACGUUGCCUCAAAUCGUGCUGGCGCGCAGAACGCUUCAGGGCGACGAAGAUUACGGAGAAGCCUUGAGGGAACGCCAGUGUCUCGAGUCCGAACUGCUCGUGGAAUGCAUCAGGCAUCACGUCCAAAUAUUUCAGUUCGCCGAUACUCUCAACGACAUCUUCAGUAACGUGGUUUUCCUCCAGUUCGCUCUGAGCACUAUUAUACUAUGUGUCAGUGCUUAUGAAACGUCGGGCAUGAAACUCUUCAGCCCCGAAUGCACCGCUCUCAUCAUGUAUUUAUGCUGCAUGCUCACACAGAUUUUCAUCUAUUGCUUCUACGGUGGCGAAUUGACUCUUCAGAGCGUCGACAUCUGUAAUGCCGUUUAUCGAAUGGAUCAAUCCGUGUUGACGGUCAGAACGAAAAAGAAUUUAAUACUUAUAAUGAUGCGCGCUUUGCAUCCCAUCGUAUUCACCUGUGGCAACAUCAUCACCGUCUCCCUUGACUCUUUUACAAGUCUCAUCAAACUUUCGUACUCGGUUUACAACGUUCUGCAACGAUAGACGAAGAAAUUACGAAAUAAAAGCGUACAGAAAUGAAAAACUAUUUGGGUUUUGGUCCAUCAAAUCAUUGAGAUGAUAAAUGUGAGCGAAGGCGAAUUCUGAUCCCUCGAACAGUGGCAAAUCGACUCCGAAUCGUGCUUGUAAAUAUCUACAGAAUAUCAACGCAUUUGGGUCUGAUGCCCCUUCGAUCCGGGGGAACUGAUCGAUCAGUCGCAUGGUGGGGAACGUUGCUAAUGGCGGUACACAAAAAUUGAGUGUAUGCGUCAAGUAUUAACAACGAGGUUUUUGGAUUUAGCGAUAAGUUAACUGGAAAAUGAUCGCUGCUCAAUAAAGAUUCAUAAAAAUGCAUUUACCAAUUUCCUCACUCCAGCGUACCUUUAUUGAGCAGCUUCCGAUCUCUGGCCUCGUAUCACUCGGACAACGAGCCUGAAGCUUACGUGAGACGACGUUUUGGACGUAAAUUUGAGGAAAUUAUUGUAUUUUCGAAAAUUGAGUUUUGUGUGCAGGGAAUAUUCGCAUAUUCUUGAGAACU